ACCGCACAGCUCUCCCCCCAGAAACUCAAUCCAUAUACCGCGGAAGACGAGAAGUCUGCCUCCUCUCUCUCCUUGCCGCCUCACGCCGAUACAUUUUUCCUUCAUUUAACCCACAAAUCCUCUCUAUCUUCCUCUUUAACGAAUCUCAUACUUCCCACAGCAAAGUGAUUGUUUCGGGUUGUUUGUUUACUAUUACACUUGAUCCCUGCACCUAGAAACCACGGUAACCAUCCAGGAGCAGGGACAAUCCGCAAUAUGACACUUCUUCCCCUCUCAUCAAGACAGCAAAUAUUUUUUAUUCUGUGUGUUUCUGCAUUCAUAAUUUUCCUUACAAACUUGACCGUCAUCACCGGGGCCGAUUAUCGGGACGGGAUCGAAAUCUUGCCAAUUCCGCAGUCACUUAAACCUCUUCUGCAGCACAAUAAGGUGAAGAAAAAGCACUUAUCCUCGGGGUGAAGAUGCGUGGGUAGUACCACUAACUUUCACCGCAAUUAUAGCCUCCGCAACUUAGAAUUCAUGAGGAUAAAGACGACUUUAGCUAUAGCUCCGAGAAGGCCGAUGGCCAUCCUAUAUCCCAGUUGAUGGAAAAGGCAGCAGCGGAUUUUGGGCGAUAUCGAGACUCUCGGUCAAGGACGUUUGCACAGGCCAUAACCAGAUACCGGAAAAAAUAUGGGCGGCAUCCUCCUCCGGGUUUCGAUAAGGCAAUUCUUCAUUACGAUUGCCGCGGGUUCUCAUAGCUAAUCUGUUGCGUAGUGGUAUCGAUUCGCCAGGGAACGAAACGUCUACAAUAUUGACGAUUUUGACCAAAUUUGGGAUGACCUGCGACCGUUUUGGAGCAUCCCGCCAUUGGAACUGAGGAAGGUGGUAAAGGGGUUGCUGAAAGAGGAUCCCGAGAAUAGUGGUCUUUCUGGAAUUACUGUGCAUAAUCCACCUUAGAAAUUUUCUCCGACUGUCGGCUGACUGUGACACAGAUUGAGCACGGCAAGAUAAAAGUCACCGGCGGGAACUGGCGCACAGACGAAUUUGUGAGGAUGCUGAAUGUCUUCGUUAAGGAAUUACCAGAUAUACAGAUCGCCAUGAACAGACUCGACCAGCCAAGAGUGAUUGUUGAAUGGGAGACAUUACAGGAGCAUCUCAAGGUUGAGGAGGAAAGUCGUAAUCUGGACAGAUUAGUUACAAAUGGGUUUUCAAGGAGCAGGGGGUUAGGUGGGUUAAAUUAUAUCUUAUGCUCCGACAUAUCUUACAUUGCUGAUCAGAGCAGAUGAAUCCAUGUCAUUCCCAAUAGCAGAAUGGUUCAGCGCAUCAGAGGAACCAUACAUGAAUCUCGCGAGCAAAGCUUGCCCGCCAGACUCUUACGCACGGAAUAACAUGACCAUGGAACCAGCUGUAGCAGAAGAAAAAUACAAGUUUCCGAACAGUGGCGGACUAGUCUCCAACUUCAAUAUAUCCAGUGAUCUAUGCACUAUUGGUCCAGCAAUCCAAGACCUUCAUGGUAUGCUGUUUGCUCCUGCUACCAUGGUAGCUACAAAGAAACUAGUUCCGAUAUUCAGUGAAUGCAAGGUCAACGUCAAUAACGAUAGUACGUUAACUAACCCCCUCCUACCUUCUGUUCCAUCGAUGUUAACAAGCCACUCCAAAAAGUCCUCUUCCCGGCAAACAUGUACUACAGCGAUGACCCACGUUACACCUACAGCCCAGAGAACGACAUGCCCUGGGACGACAAACACACAACCGUCUUCUGGCGUGGCAUGACCUCGGGCGGGAGCCAAGAGUUAAAUACCUGGCGCCGCCUCCACCGUCACCGUUUCGUCCAACUCGCAAAUAGUACUGACCUCCGCAACACAAAAACCCGCCUUGCCCUACCCACCCUAAACUUAACAACCAUUCCACCGGCCUACACCGAGAUCAAAAACUGGGAUCCAUCCCCCUUCUCGGAAAAAUACACUGACAUCGGCUUCCCAGAACUCGCUUGGUGCGUCCCAGACAGAAAAUGCGGUUGGCUACGCUCCUUCCUAAAAGAAGUAAACGCAACAACCGCCCUAACGGACCAAUUCCUAAACAAGUACCUCCCUGAUAUCGACGGCCACAGCUUCUCCGGCCGCUGGCAUGCGUGGCUGAAAAGUCGCAGUCUAGGGAUUAAAGCCACCAUAUUCAGGGAAUGGCAUGACAGUCGAUUGUUUGCGUGGCAGCAUUUCGUUCCUAUGGAUAAUAGAUUUGACGACUUUUACUCCAUUAUCACAUACUUUAUUGGCCUAGGGAAUAGGAAGGGGGGGGAAGAGGUGUACAUACCUACUCAUGACUCAACCGGGAAGAGGCUGGCUGGGCAGGGGAGGGAGUGGGCUGCGAAGGUGCUGAGGAAGGAGGAUAUUGAGGUGUACAUGUUCCGGCUCAUGCUGGAGUAUGCCAGGCUUUUGGACGACAGGCGGGAAAUGAUUGGAUAUUGGGGGAGUGGGAGGAGAGUGAAGGAGGAGAAGGUGUGGGUGUGGCCACAGUAGUGGUUGAUUUUGGGGGUUUCCUGCUUUCCUAUUCUCGGUUGGGGCGUUGCUUUUUGGGUUUCCUUUUCGGCUUCACUUUCUCUCCCCCUCCCCCCCCCUCCUUCGGGAGCGGGCGAGGAGGAUGGCACAUUUUCGGGCUUGCGCAUGAUUUGUACAGAUGAUUGUAUAACAGAUGAUUGUAUAUACCAAUGAGCAGUAAUAUAUACGUGUUGGUCCG